UGCAGUAAAAAUUCAGCCUCAAAAUGGUCGACGACUUUUCACCGAUGCGCAUGCAAAAGAAGACGCGCAGCGCAUCCAUUUGUGCGACCACCGGCGCCAGCAUCGAAACGGCCAUACAUAGUAUGCCGACAUAUGGCGCAGCAUCGGGCAGUGCCACACCCGAAAGCGGUGGUACGCCCAGCUAUCGGCGUCGACGACCGGCCACACGGUCGCAGAGUGCGCGCAUCACCAGUGGCGCAAAAUCGGAUUCGUUUCGACGUCGUCGCUCGCGUAGCAACAGUUUGGCGCCCAUAAGUCCAAUCCAUCCGCGUUCUGGCGCUGGUGGUGUUGGCAUUAGCGGCAGUGUUGGUGGCGGCAUUAAUGGCGAUUAUUUGAGUGCACAGGAGGAACCACAACAGCAGCAGCCAGUCGAGGUGUUUCGUGUCGAUAUGCUCGGUGCGCCUGGUGUGGGUAAACAAGCGUUAAUACAGCAAUUCCGGACGUCCGACUGUAUUAAUGCGUACGAUGGACCAGAAUGUGACGUGGCGGAGCAGAAUAUUUCAAUAAUUCUAAAUGGCAUCGAAUCGGAAUUGAAGUUCUCGACGGGCCAGCAGGAUAACAAGGGCAAUCGAGAUGGCGCCUCCUCGCCAGCGCAUUGGUAUAAGAGUCGUAGCGUUGUGUUGGCCAGCAUGAAAGCACGCCAAAUGCUCACCUGGAUACUGGGUAAAGAGGAUUCGAAAUUUAAACAUUGCGAGAAUUUGCAAGUACUCUAAAGAGUAGCAGCACGAAUGGUAUGCGGAGAAAUAAAUAUUAUCGGACUGGCAGAGAAAUGUAAUUAAGCCGUAUGUACUUAGCUAUGCAUCUACAUAUGUAUGUAUAAUGAAAAUAAGCGAAACCAAGUAGUAUGUGGGUGUAGAUUAAGGAUUUCGUAAUAAUAGAUGUAUCUAACGCAUAUGUAGUAUACCAUUUAACUACUUUAUUUAUAUACAUAUGUACAUAUGUGUGUAUGUAUGUGUAUUUCUAGUCUCUAGGUUAGGUGUGACAUGAAUCAAUAUUCUUAUACCGAUUGUAGGUAGAUUACCCUUAGAUAUAGUUAUGUAGAUAUGUUGUAUAUAAGUGUAAAAAAUAAUAAUAAAAUCUAUCUGAAAAUGUCAUAGUUUAACAGUAAUGCAAUAGCACUGUAUAUUAUGUAUACUUUAGCGGCUACUUAAGUGCUGUUAAGCUAUUGUAUCUACAUACAUACAUAUGUAUAUCCGUGGUGAUACAUUUUUUUAACUAAAAUCAAAACCUUAAGAAUAAAACCAAAUGCCCUUUAAAAACAGCAGGUUUCGUUUAAAUUUAAUUACAUGAAAAUAGAAAUUGCCACUAAUUUACAUACAUAUGAAUAUAUA